AUAAGAUGUAAGACCACAUUUCACGUGCUUUUAUUAUUGUUACGAUAAAAUAUUUAAAAUUAGUAAGUGGUCAUAAAUAUUAUACAAUGAAGCAUAAAAGGUUUGAAGAAAACAUAUUAGUUGAUGAGGCAUAUACAAACUACGGCAAAGUUGAUAAAAAUGCAGAUGAAAAGAAAGGUUAUGGAAUUGCUAAACAUUUUGCAGAAACAUUAGAAUAUGCUGAAAAAAAGAAAUGGUACCAACAGUUGUCUGAAGAACCAUCAUCAAAUAACAGUUUGCCGGAUGAAAAGGUCGAAGAACUUAGAAAAGAAGCAAGUAGCGCUUUGCACGGAGAUACAUUAGCUUAUGAAACAAAAUCAAGCAGAAGUGGAUCUUCUGAUCAGCAAUGGGCUCGCACUUUGCUCACAAAGGGUACAAUAGGGGACAGGGUGGCUGCAGCUACUAUAUUAAUACAGGAUAAUCCAGUCCACAAUUUGACAGCCUUAAGGAAUCUUAUAAAUAAUGUGAAGCCGGCUAAGAAGAAAGAUGGCAUUGUCAUAAUAGAUGCAUUAUCAGAACUACUAAUCUCAGAAUUGCUCAUCCCGAAUGUCAAGCUGCGAACUUUCACGCAGCAUCCUUUAGAUAAGAUAGAUGAGAUGACAUCCGGUAAUAAGCAAGCAAGACGUAAUGUAUUGAAAAUCUGGUACUUCGAAGAUCAGCUUAAAGAGCUCUAUGGAACAUACGUAGAGGCGUUGAAUAAGUUUGCACACGACUCAGUGGAAGCAAAUAAAGAGAAAGCUGUCAGCGCUAUGUCCUAUCUUUUAAUGCAUCACCCGGAAAGAGAAAAGAUGUUACUCAUGAAUAUAAUAAACAAACUUGGUGAUCCCAAUCAAGGAGUGGCAUCGAAAGUGAUCUACCACCUGUGCCAGCUGCUGUACAAUCAUCCGAAUAUGAAGAGUGUUGUCUUAGUUGAAAUUGAAAAAAUGUUAUUCAGAACAAACAUAUCUCCCCGGGCUCAGUAUUACGGUGUAUGUUUCUUAAACCAAUUCUUCCUCGGCAAAGACGAUAGCAAAAUAGCUGAAAAUUUGAUAAGGAUAUAUUUUUCGUUUUUCAAAGCUUCGAUUAAGAAGGGCGACAUCGACUCGCGGCUGAUGUCGGCCAUCCUGUCGGGCGUGAAGCGCGCGUACCCGUUCGCGGACCGCGAGCGGCUGUCGGCGGGCGCGCACGCGGACGCCGUGCACCGCGUGGUGCACCUGGCCGGCUUCGGCGUCGCCAUACACGCGCUGGCGCUGCUGCACCUCACCAGCGACCACAGCCGCGCCGCCGCCGACAGAUACUACACCGCCCUCUACCGCAAAUUGACCAACGCAGAUAUUUUCAACACGACGCACUCCGCUCUAUUGUUCUCGCUCAUAUACAAGUCGCUGAAGCAGGAUACCAACAUCGAGCGCGUGACGUCGUUCAUCAAGCGACUGCUGCAGCUGUGUUGCUACAUGACUCCCGCACAGGCUUGUGGGAUGCUGUUUUUGAUAUCACAAGUCUUAAAGAAUAAAGAGAAGAAAGACGCUAUCAAGUUGGUUUGGAGUAAGAGGGAGAUAAAAGAUGAAAUAAAAGAGGAGACCAAUGGCGACCUAGAAGACUCGAAAGAAGACGCAGAGGAUGCAGUGACAGACAUCAACGGUACAUUAGAUGAGAUACUAGAAGAGAGAGAAAAGUUAGAAGAAGAGAAAGUAGAACAGAAGAAAAUUGAUCUUUUGAAAGGAGAUAAGAAAGAUCUAUUAAUGGAUGACGACGAAGAAGAAACAUACGUUGAUUUGAAAAUCGAUGACCAGGGCAACAUAAAGCCUAAGAAGCGUCGCUCGGCCGCCGUCGCCGGCUGGUAUCACGCCAAGGUCAAGCCCGACGAGCAGGAUCAGGAGGAGAAGGAGGUCACAGCCAAGAUACAGUUUAAGAAGACCAUCAACAUGGAAAAGGUUAUAACAGAAUACAAUCCCUUCGCCCGCAACCCCGCUUUCUCCGGAGCUCAGUGUUCAGCGUAUCUAGAGCUGUUGCCACUCGCAAAGCACUACCACCCAAGCGUCAAGCUGUUUGCAGAGAAGUUGAUAAAUGAUCAAAUUAUACAGUACAGCGGUGAUCCCCUCAAGGAUUUUGCUGGUAUACGGUUUUUGGAUCGAUUCGUGUUCAAGAAUCCGAAGAAACGAACGGACAGACAAGAGGAGGGUGACGUUAAGAAGAUCAAAGGAUCCCAUCCGAAGUUUGCUGUGAGGAAGAAUUAUACGGCCAAAGGCCUUAAAAGUAUUCCAGUAAACUCAUCGACAUAUUUGAACGAAGACGUUAAAAAGAUACCCGUGGAUGAGAAAUUCCUAUACGAUUUUCUACAAAAACGCCGCGAAGUAAACGCGUCGGACGAUGAAGACAGCGACACGGACUCCGUCACCAGCGAGGACUUCGAGAAAUACUUGGACACCGUGACUGGAUCCAAGGCACAGGAAUCAGAUGAAGAAUUGGAUUACUUAGCGGAAAUGGAAGCAGCGAAACGGAAACGUCCCAAGAAAGGUGUACAACGAAGCGAUGACGAACUCGGCGCUGAUGAUGAUGAUGAUGGCGACGACGCGGAUGAUGAUAUAGGAGACGAUGGGGGAGAUGACGAAGAUGGCAGCGACGGUGAUUUGGAUCUAUCAGGUGAUGAAGAUGAACCAGCGUUGUCAGGCGAUGAAGACGAGUUAUUCCUCGAAGACAGUGAAGAUGAAGACCACGUUGAUGUUCCCGGUAAAAAAUCGGCUAAGAAUAAAUUGAAGAUAAAAGGUAAUGACGAUCUCGGUUCACUAUUCGCCUCAGCCGAAGAGUUCUCAACACUUCUAGAAGAAACCGCAACAAAUAAGAAACAAGGAUCAAGUCAAGCAGUAUCGAACACGGACAAUUCGAGCAAGAAACAAUUAGCCUGGGAAGAGAACCGAGACAAAUGGAUCAAAGGCUAUAAUAAGAAAAUUCUAGGCCACAAGGGAAAAAAUAGAAAAUUCAAUAAAAAUUCCAAUAAGAUGGCGGACAAGAAAAAAGGCGGGAAAAGAAAAGGCGGCAACGUUGAUGCCACCGGUGUUAAGAAGAGAAAAAUUAAAUAAUAUCAUCAACUGUACGUUUAUUACAAUAAAUGAUAAAAUA